CAGUCAUCCGCCCCUGCCUUCCAAGGUUUUUCUUAGGUUCUUGUAAUUUUAUCUUCUAUCCUUUAUCUUUCUAUACAUCUCUUCACAAUGUCCAUCUGGGACUCCCUCAGCGGCCGCAAGCAAACCGGGCCUGAUGCCUUCGACCCUUCAAGCGCGCAAGAUGCUACAUCCUUCCUCUCCGAGGUCGCUAUUCCCGAUCCCUCUCGCCUCCACCCCCUGGCUGGUCUGAACCAGGAUGCCCUCGACUACCUCUCCCUCGACGACUCCGCCCUUGACGAACUCCCCGGCUCCCGAUCAGUGUUGCCAUCCCGUGGAUGGUCAGACGACCUUUGUUAUGGUGCCGGCACUACCUAUCUCGUUGCACUCGCUACUGGAGGUGCAUGGGGACUUGCAGAAGGAUUGAAAAAGACACCAUCUACGGCAGCACCGAAAAUCCGUCUUAACGGUGUACUCAACUCGGUUACCCGUCGCGGUCCAUUCCUCGGAAACUCGGCUGGUGUUGUGGCUAUGGUUUACAACGGAUUCAACUCCGGUCUCGGAUACGUGCGAGGCAAGCACGACGCGUCUAACAGCAUUGUGGCCGGCGCAUUGAGCGGCAUGGUUUUCAAGAGCACACGCGGACUUAAGCCUAUGAUGAUCUCUGGCGGCAUUGUGGCUUCCAUUGCCGGUGCCUGGGCUGUGACACGAAAGGCUUUCUUCUAAAUUGCUAGCAUGGCCAGUAUUAUCCUCCUCCGCUACUCGGUUAUCCGAUACUCCAUACCCUCCACGCCACCCU